GGCAGGCUUCGAAAGAAAAGAAAGAAGAGGAAAAGGAAGAAGCAAGGUCUUUAGCGUGGGACAGGGACGGGGAAGCAUCAUGGCACUCGUGGCUCAGGUGUUCUGCAGGGAGACUCUGACCACCACGGUCCUGGUCCUCACUGUCUUCUUGCUCUUUUUGGAGCUCUCGAAAUGGUGGCGGAGGCCCCCCCGCUAUCCUCCCGGCCCCACCCCUGCUGGGAAACAUCUCCAUGGCUCCUUCGGACAGCUCCGGAAGAAGUUUGGGGAUGUCUUUAGCUUCCAGAUGGCCUGGACCCCUGUAGUGGUGCUGAAUGGACCAGUUGCUGUCCGGGAGGCCUUGGUGCAGAAGUCUGAGGAUACUUCAGACAGGCCACCCUCACCAAUCUCCAAUCACCUGGGCUUUGGACCCAAUGCCCAAGGCGGGAUAUUUGCCAGAUAUGGGGAAGCCUGGAAGGAGCAGAGAAGGUUCUCCUUCACCACCAUGAGGAACUUUAGACUGGGAAAGUUCCUAGCCGUGAGAGCUACCCUGAGGUGGGAUGGGCUGCCUUCAGUGGCCUACACUGGUAGCAGUACAGUGAAGGGGGACUGCAAGGUCCAGGAGGAAAUAGACAGAGUGAUUGGCCUGGACCAGAGGCCAACGAUGAAGGACCAGGUCCACAUGCCAUUUGCCAACGCUGUGAUACAUGAAGUCCAGCGCUUCUUGGAUAUCAUUCCCCUGGGCAUCCCACACAUGGCAAGCCGGGACCUUGAGAUCCAAGGUUUCUUUAUCCGGAAGUGGGAGUCAGGGUGGUCAGGCGUCUGCCAUCAGCCUGGGAAGGACAGCAUCUGGGAUUCCCCCAAUCUUUGUGUCGGCUGCUCUCCUGCAGGCCGCCGGAUGUGCCUGGGGGAGCCACUGGCCAAGAUGAAGCUGUUCCUCUUUUUCACUAACCUGCUACAAGACCUUAACUUUGUCCUGCCCCCAGGGAACCCCCUGCCCAGUGACGAGGCCAGCACCACAUCUCUCUUAACCCCUCAGCCCUUCCAAGUCCGUGCUAUGCCCAGAUAGGAGCGGUGCCUGUGCCCAUGCCCCUCGCCAAUCCCCUUUACUAACCUGACUCCCCUUCUUUACCCAUGUGACCCCUUGCCUCUUGGGCUAAGGGAUCAUGUCACUGGCAUCACAGGGA